AUGGAUAUUGCGAUCACGUUUUCACCAUCGAGCAGUCAUUCGUUGAUACGCCAGGAGCAGCAGCUUGAUAACUCUCAACCACAGAAUCUUGUGAGUAAAUCACCAGACGAGGCUCAAGAUGGGACUUCGCCAGAGGCUUAUGCCUCCAAUAAUGGCCACAAGAGACGGAGAUUGCUACAGUCCUCAGCCGAUGUGUCAUUAGCAUGGCAAUCCGGUCAACCGACUUCUCCCAGACCAGGUCAAGGACUGAGCAAUGCGACGGCCGAUCGACCCUCAACAAGCACCGGCCAGCCCCUUGCCGCCGCUGCUCCUCAUUCUAUUGAUCCUACGGUUUCUCUUCAGGCUUUACGCCACGCAUCAGGAUGGACAAACGCAGAGCUGCUCCCAAUGCCUGGGAAAACGGCAUACUCGGCAACCCUUCAGCCGAGCCAGACGCAGCUGUACGAGAUCAGCACUAGAGAUUAUCUCGAAAACGGAUGGGACUUUGAAGACGCAGCACAUCUCUUUGAUCUUCUGGAUGCGAAUCAGCCACCUACAGCAGUUGAAAGCUUGGAUCCUGAAUUUUUCAACUUCGAAGAUAUAGUCCACUGCGAUAAUUUCUGGCCGGUAUCUAGUCCAACACCGAGUAUUCAAUCACAACUCUCUCAAGCAACUACGCGUCCACGACACGAAAUCCCAAACGAGAGAUUUACGCGCAUUCAACAACUAUGGCCUUCUGCAAUCAAGUUCUCGGAUUUCCCGGUAAACUUGUGGAAACAUGUCAUGGCUUUGGAGCACAACAAUGUCGUCGCGGACUCCAGAGCGCACUCCGACCAGUCACCAACUCGCGCUCACAAUGGCAAAACAUUCAAGUGUGGUUUUGAUGACCUCUGUCGGGCUCGCUUGGCAGAUGACACCAGACUUUUCGGUCCGCCUGUAUCUACGCCAGAUUGGGCAAAUGUCGAGGGCCAAGACAGUGCUUUUCACAUUGGAAAAGACUCGGAUCUGAGGAGUAGCACCAUCCAUGCCGUAGACCUGUGCAGCUUGAAGGUUCCGUCAACUUUUCCUUCUACCGAGGUAUUUGGAUCAAGCCUCGAUCUUUACUUCCGGCGUUUCCACACGAUGAUGCCAUUCAUACAUCAACCAACGUUUGCAGCACCUGCCACAAGCAGUGUGGUCUUGUAUCCCAUGUGCUUGAUUGGUUUCGCUUUUUUGAACGACUUGGAUGCAAGACGCUUUGUCAGUGCCCAGAUACCGGUGACCAUCAACAGCUGUCGGUCUGCUCUUGCGUCUUUGUCGUCAAAUGUCGACAGCUGCUCACGUCUCCUCGCUGCCUUGACCUCGGCGGUGCUUAACUUGAGUUUGGCCACCAUGGUUCCCGACAUGGUCCACGACGAUUCUAUCCAAAUGCUUUGUGUUGAAACAUUGACUAUCGUCCAAAGGUACGGGCUUUUCCGGGCGUAUGAGAACUUGGACAUCACGCAAGACGCGUUUGGCAACAGUACGGAUGAGACACUGAAUUGGCAAGCGUGGGCGAGAGUGGAAAGUACUAAACGCCUCAUUAUCUGCCUGAUAAUGGUCGACGCAUUCUACGCUCAUGUAUACGGUAUGAGACCCGUUGUCCGCUCGGACUUGGCUCAAUUCAACCUACCUUGUCCGUCAUCGUUGUUCGAGGCGCCUACCGCAAGCAGAUGGAGGGCUUUGUGUACAGUCGAAAAGGACCUCCUUUCGUCGAAGGCUGUCCUCCGCAGAGACGCUGUCUCGCUGCCUCGGACCGAAACCUUCGGAAUGCAUGGCCUUCUUUCACUGAUUUGGGCCAAAGUUUUGGAUGCGGAAUAUCUUCUCAUCACCAGCGCGUCUGCUUCUCAUUGCCCGUACUUCACAGCACCUGGUGAGGUCUUCGCAGAACACGAUGCACGCGAUAUUGCUCCGUUAGUGCAAGGAAUAUACGAGGUCUACGAAAAUACCUUUGCCGCCAUGAACCCCAACUGUCUUGUAUCCUGGAAUGAUACCUGUUUGAAGUUGACCUCGAAUUACCGAGUGUUUGAAAAUGCUGCUGGUUGCCAAGGAGCCGAACAAGCUCGAGUCGCGCUAGAUCACGUCGCACGGUGGUCGCAGACUGUAUCAGCCCGGCGAGCGUGUCUGCAUGCUGCACAAAUUUACCUGAUCAUGUCCCGCCGAAAGACCUCUGACCGCAUCAUGUUCCACUCCGAAUUGGCCAUUUUCGCAUCGGCUCUGGUCCUUGGUUUCUACUUAUACGCCUUGCCGAAACCUGUGGUCGUUGAAAAUGAGCGUGAUGAUUUCGAACUGCUCGAAGACGUGGACUGGACUGGGAUGGGACUCGUCGGCCUGGGCGGUCCAGUUGCCACGAUCUCCGGAGCCCAUGCUCAGAAGAAUGCGGCUAAAGCAUUCGUAGAAGAGGGGGGCAAUUUGUCGUUUGAUGGAGUGAAACUCCCUGGUGGUCUUAAGUCCGCUCAGCAUAUUUUCUUGGAAUUCUCGAGUUUGUUGGAAGAUGUUGGCAAGUGGAAUGUCCAGAAGCAAUGCAAGGUCCUGCGUGUCCUGAGCGAUAUGAGUAUGGAACCGGCAAAGUUCGGUAUGGAUGAUGGUCAAACCUGA